AUUACGCGCAUGCGGUAGUGAGGGCACGCUGAAUAAUUGAACAGAGGAUUAUUGAUUGAGAACGGGAAAUGAGAAUGGAAUGGAAUGGAGUCUUUGUGUAGUGUGCAGUGAAUGCUGGAUGGUAAGGAGAAAACAGACAGUGGGUGGUGAGGCAACAGACAGUGGUGGUUGGUGGUAUAAUGUUCACGUCUUCUCUAACAUGUCUCUGAUGUUGUCAGCCAACUGCUGGUCCCUCGCCUCCUCUGCGGCCGAGAUGAGGGCUCGGUACGUGGCC